GGAAACGGUGUUGUAUCACAUUGUCGAUCAUGUUCUGUCUCCGGUUGUGUGAACACUGUAAUCGGUAAAUGAUGGAGUCUGUGCUGCGGUACACGUCGACGUAGUCCACUGGGAGUUUUUCCACGUCCCCCCGAUUAUAUCGAAGCUGGUACCUGCACAGCACCACCAUGUUGGCCAGGAAGGGCCUAUUACCUGACGGCUUCCUGCUGACACGCCUGGCGGAGGACCAGAACCAGCCGAACCGAAGCAGGGCCAAGUGUCAGAGACCCCGCUUCAUCACCAAAACCGGGUCUUGCAAUGUGGCUCACAAGAACAUCAGGGAGCAGGGUCGGUUCUUGCAGGACGUCUUCACCACCAUGGUGGAUCUGAAGUGGCAGCACUCACUCCUCAUCUUCACCUCUGCCUUCCUUUGCUCCUGGAUGCUCUUCGCCAUGAUCUGGUGGCUCAUGGCAUUUGCUCAUGGGGACCUGAAGCCCAGUGAUCCGGACAGUGACCCUGGACCAGUUCCUUGCGUCACUGCCAUCCACUCCUUCACCUCAGCCUUCCUCUUCUCCAUUGAAGUCCAGGUAACCAUCGGUUUUGGUGGCCGGAUGGUGACGGAGGAGUGUCCCGCGGCCAUUGUUGUUCUGAUCAUUCAGAACAUCCUGGGGCUCAUCAUCAACGCGGUGAUGCUCGGCUGUGUAUUCAUGAAGACGGCGCAGGCCAACCGGCGGGCCGAGACGCUCAUAUUCUCCAGAAAUGCUGUCAUCGCUCCUCGAAAUGGCCGACCGACCUUCAUGUUUAGACUUGGAGACCUGAGAAAAAGCAUGAUCAUCUCAGCCACUGUGCAGCUUCAGGUGAUCCGGCGGACGGUGACAGCAGAGGGUGAGGUGAUCCCAGUGUGCCAGUUGGACAUCCAGGUGGAGAACCCUCUGAGGAGUAAUGGUAUCUUCCUGGUAUCUCCUCUCAUCAUCAGCCACACCAUGGAGCGAGGAAGCCCACUCUACGAGUUGUCCGCCCAGUCGCUGGCUUCCGAAGACUUGGAGAUUAUCGUCAUCCUAGAGGGUGUGGUGGAGACCACAGGGAUCACCAUGCAGGCUCGCACCUCCUACAUCCCAGAGGAGAUCCUGUGGGGGCGGCGCUUCGUCUCCAUCAUCACAGAGGAGGACGGCAGGUAUUGCGUUAACUACUCCAAAUUUGGCAACACGGUUCCGGUUCGGAUGUCGUCCCUCAGUGCGAAAGAGCUGGACCAGACCAAAGGAGUCCAGGACGGGGGGGUGGAGGCUAACCUGCAGGGGUGGGGGCUAGUCCGAGCUGGCCGAGGAGGCUUUCGCAGGGGAGCCCGGGCCUGCAGCAGCUCAGCCCCGCAUCCCUGGUACGCCCAAUCGGAGAAACCGGAGCCAGAGGUGGAGCUAAAGGGACAGAAGAGGACGGUGCGGCUGGAGGUGAUUGGACCAAAGGCGGAGGAGGAGGAGGACCUGGAGGACAUAAGCGACUGAAGACAGACUCAGGAACACAUAGAAUCCCACUCAGGUGGGCAGGGAGGAUGUUCGUGGACACGUCCCACAAUGCAAUUAUCAAAUGAAGGAAAUGUGUCUCUGUCAGAUUGAAAACACAAACUUAUCAAAUGACCAGACAGCCUUAAAGUCAGGAACUCACAAUAAGGACAAAUUUAUCAAAAAAGUAAUAAAAGCUGAGCAGCCUGAGGGAUAGCCUAGAGACACAAAAGCCUAAAACACAAACACAGCACACAAACCAAACAAAUUUCACCUGCCUCCAGUUAUUGUACAUGUUGUGUUUUUGGGUAAAUGUUGUUACCGUUCCUCUGUGAUGCUUUUUCAUCUUGUCUGUUUUUGUUUCCUGCUGCUCUGACCGGGUAAAGAUCUGCAAAAUGUAUUUUAGUCCUCUAAGAUAAUAUUUGUGACAUUAAUAAAACCAUUUUGGAUUUUCCCUGCUGUUUUUUUAAAGUUAAGGGUUAAGGAUGUCAGAGACCCGAACAUACCUCACUGGACAUGGACACGUGUAUUAGAUUUCUAAAUCCUGGCUAUUUCGAUGUUUUCAGCUAUAAAUAUGCAUUA